AUGGAAACCCACGAAGCCGCCGUUGAGACUGUAGCCAAGAGCAUCCGCCUCUUUCAUGCUACACAAAGGCCCUUUCGUGUCUACCAUGGAUCAACCAACAGCACUCGCGCCUCUGCCCGCCGGGCCGACAAUACCGUUGAUACCAGUCAGCUCAACAAUGUGCUGCAAGUCGACCCCGGGCGCAAGAUUGCACUGGUAGAACCAAAUGUUCCCAUGAAUAUGCUCGUUGAGGCGACCCUCAAGUCCGGCCUCGUACCCUUGGUUGUCAUGGAGUUUCCAAACAUUACCGUCGGUGGCGGCUUCUCGGGGAGCUCUGGUGAGAGCAGCUCAUUCCGCCAUGGUCCGUUUGACUCGACCAUCAACUCGAUCGAGAUCGUUUUGCCCAACGGAGAGAUUGAGCAUGCGUCCAAGUCAGCCAAGCCCGACUUGUUCUGGGGCGCGGCCUCUGGGUUUGGGACGCUUGGAGUUGUCACCUUGUUGGAGGUCCAGCUUCGAGACGCGCGUCAAUAUGUCGAGUUGACAUACCAGACAUUUGCAUCUAUUGCUGCUGCUUCUGCGACAAUGCAGGACCAGGCUCAAGACUCAUCCGUGGACUAUCUAGAUGGUAUUGUUUUCUCUCCAAAGCGCGCCAUUGUCUGCACGGGGCGUCUCGUGAACGAGGUACCAAGUUCAGCCAAAGCACUGCAUUUCACAAGAAAAAAAGAUCCCUGGUUCUACCUGCACGUAGAUAAGCGGACCAAGAAGGCCCGGGACAGAGUCACGGACUAUAUUUUGCUUACCGACUACCUGUUUAGAUAUGACCGUGGCGGAUUCUGGGUCGCCAGGUACGCAUUCAGGUACUUCUUCACGCCCUUCAAUCGUGUAACGCGGUCGGUGCUCGAUCGCUACAUGAGGGCCAAGGUCAUGUACGCAGCUCUGCACAAGUCUCAACUUGCAGACGACUACAUCGUCCAAGACGUCGGUGUACCAUAUGAUAAAGUCGGCGAGUUUCAGGAGUGGCUAGACACGAACCUCAAGACUUAUCCGAUAUGGCUCUGCCCGCUCCGGGUCAGGCGAGACGACCCUGACUCGGGGCACGGCCUCCACGCCGGCUUCUCGAACCCCGAAACGCCGGAACAUCUCCUCAACUUUGGCAUCUGGCGGCCGGGAUCUACCAAGCACGACGUGUUUCUGCGCCAGAAUCGGGAUCUCGAGAAAAAGGUCCAGGAGCUCGGUGGGAAAAAGUGGUUGUACGCGCAUGCCUACUAUACCGAGGAAGAGUUCUGGGCAGCAUAUGACCGGGAAUCGUAUGACGACCUGCGGCGGCGCUACUCGGCGGCCUAUCUGCCUAGCGUCUACGACAAAGUCAAAGUCAACUCGGCCGAGAACCCGCAGAAGCCGUUCCGGGGCGUUCGGCCACUGCAGGGCUUGUACGGAGUCUACAAGGCAUGGAGGGGCGGGGACUAUCUGCUUGCCAAGGGACCAACGCAGUGGCACUGA